GUGACGUCAUUUCCGGGGUACCGACCACUGCCGGAAGUCACCUCGGAAAGCGGCUUCCUGCGUCCUGUGUCAACCGUACAUGGUGGCCUCUCCGGCGCUGUAGACGUCGCUCCCCGGUUGUAGUAAUUGCGGGUGGCGGAGCUGCGGCCGUCUCUCUCCGGUGUCCGGGCGGCUUAUUAUUCCUGUGUCCGCACUUAGCGGAGUAACAUGUCCGACAGUGAGGACAGCAACUUCUCUGAGGAGGAGAGUGAGAGGAGCAGUGAGGCUGAGGAAGUGGAAGACAAUGAGGAAGUGGAGACGGUGAGGGCCAGCCCUGCUAGAAGUGAGAAGGGUGAUGAGGAAGAGGUUGAAGAAGAAGAAGAUGAGGAUGAGUAUGAUGAAGAGGAAGAAGAAGACGACGAGGAUGACGACCGUCGUCGAAAGAAGCCAAGACAUGGAGGAUUCAUCUUAGACGAAGCCGAUGUGGAUGAUGAGUAUGAAGAUGAAGAUCAGUGGGAGGAUGGCGCAGAGGACAUUCUGGAGAAAGCUGAAGAAAUUGAAGCUUCUAACAUUGAUAAUGUGGUCCUUGAUGAGGAUCGCUCCGGGGCCAGGCGCCUACAGAAUCUGUGGAGAGACCAGAGAGAAGAGGAGCUGGGGGAAUAUUACAUGAAGAAAUACGCCAAGUCCUCAGUCGGGGAGCAUAUAUAUGGAGGAUCGGAUGAGCUGUCAGAUGACAUCACCCAGCAGCAACUGCUUCCUGGAGUCAAAGAUCCCAAUCUGUGGACUGUGAAGUGUAAGAUCGGAGAGGAACGUGCCACCGCCAUUGCUCUGAUGAGGAAAUUCAUUGCAUAUCAGUUCACAGACGCACCCCUUCAGAUAAAGUCUGUAGUCUCACCAGAGCAUGUCAAGGGUUAUAUCUACGUUGAAGCCUACAAACAAACUCAUGUCAAACAAGCCAUUGAAGGGGUGGGCAACCUGCGAAUGGGCUUCUGGAACCAGCAGAUGGUACCCAUCAAAGAAAUGACUGAUGUCCUAAAGGUGGUGAAAGAGGUCACGAAUCUGAAGCCUAAAUCAUGGGUCCGGCUCAAGAGGGGAAUAUACAAGGAUGAUAUUGCCCAGGUGGAUUAUGUAGAGCCCAGCCAGAAUACAAUCUCUCUGAAAAUGAUUCCCAGAAUUGACUAUGAUCGGAUCAAGGCACGCAUGAGUCUGAAAGAUUGGUAUGCUAAGAGGAAGAGGUUCCGUAGACCUCCACAGAGAUUGUUUGAUCCGGAGAAGAUCAGGUCCUUGGAGGGAGAUGUCUCCUCAGAUGGAGACUUCCUCAUUUUCGAGGGGAAUCGUUACAGUCGUAAAGGUUUUCUCUUCAAGAUCUUUGCCAUGUCUGCUGUGAUCACAGAAGGGGUGAAGCCAACGCUGUCUGAGUUAGAGAAGUUUGAAGAUCAGCCAGAAGGGGUUGACCUGGAGGUGGUAACAGAGUCAACAGGAAAAGAACGUGAGCACAGCCUGCAGCCCGGAGACAAUGUGGAAGUGUGCGAGGGGGAGUUGAUAAACCUGCAGGGUAAAAUCCUCAGUGUGGACGGGAACAAGAUCACUCUCCUGCCCAAACAUGAGGACCUCAAAGACGUGUUAGAGUUCCCAGCUCAGGAGUUGAGGAAGUAUUUCCGCAUGGGUGACCAUGUCAAAGUGAUUGCAGGGCGCUACGAGGGGGACACAGGUCUUGUUGUGCGAGUUGAAGAAAAUUUUGUCAUCCUGUUCUCUGAUCUUACCAUGCACGAGUUAAAGGUCCUGCCCAGGGACUUGCAGCUGUGCUCGGAGACUGCCUCGGGGGUAGAUGUUGGAGGACAGCAUGAAUGGGGUGAGCUGGUACAGUUGGACCCACAGACUGUGGGUGUGAUUGUACGCCUGGAGAGGGAGACCUUUCAGGUCCUGAACAUGCACGGUAAGGUGGUCACGGUCAGACACCAGGCUGUCAAUAGGAAGAAGGACAAUCGCUUUGCUGUUGCUCUGGACUCAGAGGAGAACAAUAUCCACGUCAAAGACAUUGUCAAGGUCAUUGAUGGACCCCAUUUGGGCCGGGAGGGCGAGAUCCGUCACUUGUUCCGGAGUUGCGCCUUCCUUCACUGUAAGAAGCUGGUUGAAAACGGAGGGAUGUUUGUCUGUAAAACCCGUUACCUGGUUCUGGCCGGAGGUUCAACUCGUCCAGAUGUCACAAACUCACUUGGGGAUUUUGCUCCAAUGAGCCCUCGAAUCAAUAGCCCGGCACACCCUGCUGGAGGAGGAGGACAACAAGGGGGGAUGGCAGGUGCUGGAGGUCCAGGGAGAGGAAGAGGCCGCAGGGAUAACGAUCUGAUAGGUCAGACUGUUAGAAUUUCUCAAGGUCCUUAUAAGGGCUAUAUUGGGGUGGUGAAAGAUGCCACGGAAUCCACAGCUCGAGUUGAGCUUCAUUCCACCUGUCAGACGAUCUCCGUGGACAGACAGCGUCUCACCACAGUUGGUGCUCGUCGCCCUGGAGGAAUGACCUCCACUCGUGCCAGCACACCAAUUUAUGGCUCUCAGACCCCAAUGUAUGGUACUGGCUCCAGGACCCCGAUGUAUGGCUCACAGACUCCAGUGCACGAUGGAAGCCGCACACCUUACUAUGGAUCUCAAACCCCUGUGCAUGAUGGCAGCAGGACUCCAGCACAAAGUGGGGCCUGGGAUCCCAACAACCCAAACACACCUUCAAGGGCGGAUGAAGAGUAUGAUUACAGAUAUGACGAUGAGCCAUCUCCAUCACCGCAAGGCUAUGGUGGAACUCCCAACCCACAAACUCCAGGGUACCCCGAUGUGCCGUCCCCGCAGGUCAAUGCUCCUUAUCACCCCCAGACGCCAGGAACUCCUGCCAUGUACAACACAGACCAGUUUUCACCCUAUGCUGCUCCAUCACCUCAAGGCUCCUAUCAACCUACUCCCAGUCCACAGAGCUACCAUCAAGUGGCCCCAAGUCCUGUGGGCUAUCAAAAUACGCAUUCUCCAGCAAGUUACCACCCGACUCCGUCACCGAUGGCCUACCAGGCCAGUCCUAGCCCUAGCCCCAUGGGUUAUAGUCCAAUGACCCCUGGUGCACCUUCGCCGGGUGCGUACAACCCUCACACACCUGGUUCCUCCAUAGAACAGACUUCCAACGAAUGGGUGACUACAGACAUCCAAGUGAAAGUGAAAGACACUUUCCAGGACAGUCAGGUGGUGGGGCAGACGGGGAUUAUACGCAGUGUCACGGGGGGUCUUUGUUCUGUGCUGCUGCAGGACAGUGAGAAAGUGAUCAGUAUCUCUGGAGAUCACCUGGAACCUGUGACCCCCACCAAGAACAGCCGGGUAAAAAUCAUUAUAGGAGAAGACCGUGAGGCGAUGGGCAUUCUUCUCAGUAUAGAUAAUGAGGAUGGAAUUGUCCGUAUGGACCUGGAAGAACAGCUGAAAAUUCUCGAUCUCCACUUCCUGGGGAAGCUAGAGUCCUGAGAGAAUGCGGAAAGUGCAGAGCAAAGGCCUCCACCUCUCGCUCCCUGACACAAAGCCACUCUCCAUGGUAAUGCAGUCCUCCUACCUCUGGUUCUGGCAGAAGAGCAGAGAGUGCUGAAUACACCCAUCUUCUAACACUGAACUGCAUUCAGAACCUUUCUCUCUACACGUUACAUCGCAACUUCUUGUUCAGCAAAUUCAUCCUUAGAGUUAUGUUUUUAUUUCUCAUGUCACCUGUUCUCUUCUGGUUGAUCCAAUAGUGACGUGUUCUCUGGUGCGAGUUCCACUGUGUAAUAUUUAUAUGGUGCAGUCAAUAAACCAGAAGAACGGUG